AUAUAACCCGAAGAAAGUCAGUCUCGCAUCACACUUCAAUUCAUCUAGAACGGAUACAAGCUGUACUCCGGAAACUGUCGUUUUGUCAAUAGAUCUUAUUCAUAAUGUGGCUUCUUGCGUGGCUAAUUUUGGCGGCUGGUUCGAUCCAAUAUGGAUCAGCGGAAAGCAAAUACAACGUCACCUAUGCAGAUUUGGACAAGUGCAAACAGUACAACGCAGUAAGUGGCUACAACUACCACGCCUUUUUCAAGCUGGCGGACCUGGAUAACCACAGCCCGGACAACGAAACCAUCGUCAAUUUGCGACUUUUUGUGGUGACCGCCAAAGAUGCCCACGUGCUCCUCUCGGAUUCCGAUUCAAAUAUUGCAGAUGCGCAGGUUUACGAAAUAGUUAUCGGCGCCGGGGCGAACACAUUCAGCGAGAUAAGAAAACAACGCAAGAAAAACCCGCUCAAGACGAAAAGCACGAAGGGAGUGCUAUCGGCGAUCGAUCCACUGCCGUUACGAAUUCGGAUCACUAAGCAAGGCUUGAUCGAGGUCGGCAUAGAAGGACAAGAUCUACCGUUGAUGUCUGCAACCGACAAAGGUGUCAUCGAGGUUAAGUAUCUGAGUUUCAGUUCUUGGGGAUCGUCUAUGGCCAAGUGGUUCUACGAUUGUCCUUCGGACGAUGAAACAACUACCGAAUUGGAAGAAUUCGACCCAUCCAAGGAUAUGACACCGAGGGAAAAGUUGCUCUACGAACUGCAGUUGAACACGAGUUUUAACGCACCCGAGGUUCAGACACCAAUCGAAAUCAAACAGCUAGUAUUCACACGAGUGGCGUACGAUUCCUGGAAGAAUACUUUGGAAACGCGAUUUUUCCUGCGGGCAGCUUGGUUCGACAACCGAACAACAUGGAUUCCGGAAGAUCAUGGCAACAUCUCUAGACUGGUCGGGUUUCAUUACAUUACCUGGACUCCGAGUUUAUUUGUUAGAGAUGAUGGUGAAUCCAAACUGAACGAGCUGUACGGACUGGAUCAUGUGUCGUUUACCCACGAUGGACACUUCGAAUGGCUGUCUAAGGAAAUUUCUACGGAAACUUAUUGCGUUCUUCGUGAAUCGCCCGAUUGGCCAAACGAAGCUAAUGAGUGCGAUUUGGCGUUGGGUACGGAGCAUGCUUCAACACCGCUGAAGAUUAUGUCCGACGCAGUGAGCUUCCAUCCAAACAUCAUACAGUCAGACUGGAAUGUGGAAAAGAUAACCAAGCAUGAGUUCGAAAACACGCAUGAGCUAUUUCUCCUGAAGGAUGGAAGCCCCAGGAAGGAAGCAAUACUGAGGUUACAUCUCCGACGGACCAACGAGUUCUACGACACCAUCCUCUAUGCACCUUACUUUGUGUCCAGCGUGAUGAUUCUGGUUGCCUUUUGGCUUGAUGGGAUGCUUCGGAUUUUUGUCAACACUAUUGGAACACUGAUGUUGAUCGCUACUUUCCUGCAGAUGUCCGUAUUUGUGCCAGCAACGAUGAAUCCCAAAAUUUUCGCCUUCUUCCACUACAGUCUCUACUUCUCGUUCAUCUGCAUACUCUUGUUCAUCGUUGACAAGUGCUUGCAAACCUACGGUGGAAAGAUGGCACCGGAUUCAUGGUUGAUCCGCCUCGUCAGUUAUCCGUAUUUGCGAAUCAUUUUCCGACUUGAUGGUGGAUCGAACUAUGACAGUCUGCACAGGAAAAACCUUGAAAAACGUGAUUUUGUGAAACUUCUAGAUAGAGUGGCCUUCUUGGCUAUGGCUGGAGUACUUGCAGUUUCAAUUUUCAAGAAAAUGUAAAAAUGGAACCUAAUAAAUUUGUAUAUGACACUUCCAACAGAAUAAAAUAGUGAUUAAAAAUAAUAAAA